AUGGGCAUCGACAGUGGUGCUGAGGUAGAUGCCAAACUCCGAGACGCCAAGGACGGAGAGAGCCAGCGUGUGCUCACGUUGAAUGCCAAGAUUGUGCUUGACCUCUUCGAGUCGGCCAUGCAACCGCUGGUAUUGGUCUCGAAAAUUUCUGGCCGCUUCUUCCGCUGUGCAAGUAGUGGUCGUCGGAAUAAAAUGUGCCCUCUUCGUAAGACGGUCGACAAUUACCCAUACAGCAUCGUAGAGUCCGUGCCGAGAACGUGGAAGGCCGGUAAUAAAAUUCAUAGUAAUUUGGCUCCAUCGACGGUCAGGAAUUUCUAA